AUGCGUUUCCUCGGGACGGUGGACACGGGCGCCGGCAACGGCGAGGCCGUGUACCGAAACUGCUUGAAUGGCCUGAAGCUGGUGGCUGCAGAGGACAUUGAUGUGCAGAAAGGCCGCAUCUAUUGGAGCAGCAAAGUGGAUCUUCCGAGUCUAAAAGCUUUGAAUUGCUUUGAGAAGAUCUUUCUCAUUACGUAUCAGGGCACCGACUGGCCCAUUCCGCACGGCGGUGGAUGGGACGACGCCUUGGACUUCUGGGAAACUGUGUGUGGCCGCGUGACCUCCUUUCGCGUCAGCUGUAAGAAGUCCUCCUCUUCGGCAAGUUCGUCGAGCUCCUUGGAUCUCGAGCGCUCCUUGGGAUCAGUCCUGCAAGACCACUUUGCUUGGCCCUUGCAGCUGCGCUCGCCCCACUUGGAAGUCUGGCUCUUCGUGACGGAGGACUGCCAUACCGCGGGCCUGUUGCUGCUGCGGCAAGCGCAAGCGCGACCGGUCUACACCUCGUCGACCGGUUUACAUCCCAACGUGGCCUGGGCCAUGGUGACCGCCGCUGCGAUUCAGUCCGGCGAGGUGGUCUUAGAUCCCAUGUGUGGAACAGGCAUGCUGUUGACCGAAGCUUCGGAUCGCAAUGCCCUGCUCAUCGGCUCUGACAUUUCCCCAGAGAUGCUCACCCGAGCUGCGCGGCAUUUCCAAUCGCUGCGCCGCACGGCGCCGUCCAACGGCGGCGCCUUGCUGCAGGCAGAUGUGAGGCAUUUGCCCCUGCCCGAUGGAUCGGUGGACGUGGUUCUGUGUGAUCUUCCCUUCGGACGGCAGUUUGGCACCCUGGAGGAGAAUCAGACGCUCUACCCGGCUGCCCUCCGUGAGCUUCACCGGGUCGCUGACCCCUGGCACGGCCGCUGUGUGCUGCUGUCCUCUGAGGUCAAUGCGGUUUUGCUGCGGCAGUCGGCAGAAGCAGCUGGAUGGAAGAUGCAGGAAGAACUCACGUGGAAGCUGGGAAACAAGCUGCCUGCAGUGGUCAUGAUCCUCACAGCGCAAAGCGCGAGUGCGCCACAUGGGGAUCUGAGUGCCUUCAGCUCGAAAGGAGGUCGCUUUGCAGUGCAGCGGAAGCAGCAGAGCCCGGAGCUGGUGAUGACCCGGACGAAAGGGCCACUGGAGGGCUACAGCAAGGAAGUCUAUCUCAUGGUCCUGAUGAACGGUUUACUUGGCCUAGCCAAUCCUCGCAUGACUCGGGAUGCCAAGAUCAUCCAGAGCUUGGCGACACUGUCGGUGGCCGUGGUGCUUUCCGCGUGGCAACUCCGCUUCAGUCCCGGAACCGGCUUCUGGCGCAGCUGCCUGCUCUCUGCCUCAGCGCUAGGUUUGUACUAUGGAGAUCAGUCCACCUUGUACAGCCGCGACCACGAGGUCUUUGGCGCUUGGCCAUCGUGGCUCAACUGGACUCUUCAUCGCGGCUCCUCCCGUUCUUCGCGCGAGGAACUUCCCAAGAUGGUGUGA